AUAUAGCAGUCACUGUGUUCGAGAUGACACCGAGGUAGGACUUAACCACGCACAGUUGCAUGCUUAAUCUACCAUCACCAUGGCAAAUAAACGGGAACUUUUCUGUGGACUAGAAGGCGGGGCUUCCUUAUCACAACUGGUGGUGGUUAGUGGCGACGGACGGCUGUUGGCGCUGGUUGAGGGACCAUCAACAAAUCACCUGUUGAUUGGGUUAAGUGAAUGUCAAGCUAGAAUCAAGUGGAUGGUAGACAGAGCGAAAGAAGAAUUAGGCUUAAAUGAAGAUAUACGAUUCUCAGCUUUGGGCUUGAGCUUGAGUGGUUGUGAACAGGAGGACAUGAACAGAGCGUUGGAGGAAGAUUUAAGCAGUCGCUAUCCAAACCUGGCAAAGACUGUCAUAGUUGCUAGUGAUGCCGUUGGGUCAGGCCUAACUGCUAGUCCAAAAGGAGGACUAGUACUAAUAGCAGGGACAGGCUCGAACGCUCUGGUGGUGAACCCGGAUGGAUCAUCUGCUCGCUGUGGGGGGUGGGGACACCUGCUAGGUGACGAAGCAUCAGCUUUCUGGAUAUCUCUGAAGGCGGUUAAAACAGUGCUGAAUGCAGAAGACAACUACUUAUCAGUGCCAUAUAGCACAGCCACUGUAAAAAACACUGUCCUAAAUUAUUUUCAGGUGAAAGACAAAUUUGAAUUGCUCCAGUUCUGCUACAUAAAUUUUUCUAAGUCAUUUUUCGCUGGACUUUGUGUUAAGAUUGCCAAAGCUGCCCAGGAGGGUGACCCAUUGUGUCGAGAGUUGUUUUUUGAAGCAGGUAGAGCUCUUGCCGACCACGUGAUGGCGCUGCUUCCUAAAGUACACAAGAGUCUAAUGGAAGAUGAAGGAGGUUUGCCAAUUGUUUGCGUUGGUUCUGUGUUCAAGAGUUGGGAGCUGCUGAAAUCAGGAUUUCUCGCUACUCUUGGCAAUGGUCGACUUCGAGAAUUCACUUUGUUACGACCAAAGACUUCUUCCGCUCUUGGUGCUGCUUUGAUGGCAGCAAGGAAACUCAAAAGGGAAUUACCUGUCGCGUUUGGUGAACAUGCUUGGGUGAUGUAUCACUACAAGCACUCUUCUUAAAUCUGAAGCUAAGGAAAUACUUACAUAAUGUACCACUACAGGACGUUUUCUUAAAUCUGAAGAUAAGGAAUUCCUUUUUCUAAUGUACCACUACAAGCACUCUUCAUAAAUGUGAAGCUAAGGAAUUACUCACGUAAUAUACCACUACAAGACUUUUUCUUACAUCCGAAGUCAAGGAAAUACUUACGUAAUGUACCACUAGAAGCACCGUUCUUAAAUCUGAAAACAAGGAAAUAUACAAUGCCCCACUAUAGGACCUCUUUUUUUAUAUCUGAAGUCAAGAAAAUAGCAAUGUAACACUACAGGACCGUUUCUUAAAUCUGUAGCUAAGAAAUUCCUUUUCUAAGGUAUCACUACAAGCACUCUUAUUACAUUCGAAACUAAUUAAUUACGUAAUGUACCACCACAAGCACUCUUCUUAAAUCUGAAGAAUUUCAAAGCACCUUGUAAAUAUCUUAGCUACUCGACAGAUUAUAAUGUGUGCAAACCCAAAAUAUGAAUACAAGUGCAUUGUGAAGAACUUUACGUUUUGUAAAUCUGGCAUAAAUAUAUAGUCCUCAAGUAAGCAAAUAUCAUUUAAAUAGUCAUAGAUAUUCCUUUGUCAGUACUUUCAAUAAUGAUGUUGUCUGCUUUUGUGAUUUGAUAUUCAGAAUUAUAAAUAAUUAUGUGAACGAGAGGGAAAAUAUACUUUUUUAUAAUGGAAGCUUACCGAAAAUCAACAGAUAAUUCGUUCUUGCAUUAAGUGUAUACAAAAACAUGUGAAAGACUGAUAUUUUAACAAAUGUAGACAUGGAUACACUAGUCUUACAGUAAAUACUAGAUUGUAGGUCUAAAUUUAACUUUCCUCUAUAACAUGUGAAUAUUGUAUUGCAUGAUAUUGUAAAUUUGUUUUGGAAAUUCAAAGGCUACUCCGCCAUGACAUCUUAUUGACUGGCGAUUUUCCAUUAAAAAAAAUCAUAAAUUAUAAACUUCACGUCUCUAGAUCUAAACAAAAACUAUGCAGAUUAAAAAACAUAUCCUUGACGAGGUCUCGGACCUUUCUUCCACUUAAAAAUAUAAACUAAUAAAACAAGUAUGUAUAUUAGAACCCGAGACAUUGUAAUAGUUAAUAAGUAGUGCUUGACAAAAACAGAAAUGUAUUGCUUGAAGGUUAUGCUGUUCAAAUUACGAAAUGUAUAAAUACGUUCAUGGUCGCCUGACUGUUUAAAAUUAUAACAGAUAUUUUAAUUAGCGUUUAAUGUUUUCCUUAAAUUAUCAUUUGGAGUCUUGUCAACCGAGUUUCAAAUCCACGUAAAGUUCUCUAUUGAUUAAUCGAUCACAUACUGCUUACACUUCAUAACUUCGUGUUUAAAAACAACAUCGUCAACCAAAAGACUUAUAAGAAGUUUAAAUAAAUAAUAAUUUAAGUAGAAAUAAGUACCUAACAUUUUAUCACACUUUACACAUCUGAUUAAAUAUCGAUUCCAGGUCUUACAGUACCUUUAUUCUUAUUCUAUGAUCUAAAUGGAGCUGUAAAUAAUAUAUGUCGUCUUUGUUAGAAUCUAAAUAUAUUGUUACGUCUCUGUUCGUUUGUUAAUUUCCCGUAGAAAUUCUUUCCGAAGAACUUCAACGAUACAAGUCUUUUCUUAAAUAAAACUAGUUUAUUCUUUUUCAAUUCAACUUAG